CGCGGCCUGCCCAGCCCUUCCCCUCCGCCCCGGGCGCGGCAUGGCGGGGCCGGUGGACUGCCACUGCCACCUGGCCGCGCCCUGCUUCCAGCCGGACGCGGCGGCCGUGGUGCGUGAGGCGCAGCAGGCGGCGGUGUCGGCCCUGGUGGUGGUGUCGGAGCAGGCCGCCGAGUUCCGGAGCGUCCUGGCACUGUCCGAGAGGUUCCCGGGGUUUGUUUGGCCCUGCCUGGGGGUUCACCCAGUCCAAGAGGUUUCGCCCGAGGAGCAGCGCAGUGUCGCUUUGCAGGAUCUGGACGCUGCGUUGCCGCUUAUAGAACUCUACAAAGAUAAAUUGGUGGGGAUAGGAGAGGUUGGACUGGAUUUCACUCCCAGAUUUGCCAGCACAGAUGAACAGAAGGAAGGACAAAGACAAGUUUUGAUCAAGCAGAUUGAGUUAGCAAGAAGACUGGAUUUGCCUUUAAAUGUCCAUUCCCGCUCUGCCGGAAGACCAACCAUUAAUCUCUUAAGGGAACAAGGUGCUACGAAGGUGUUGCUCCACGCAUUUGAUGGGAAGCCAUCUGUAGCCAUGGAGGGGGUGAAAGCUGGAUACUACUUCUCCAUUCCUCCUUCUAUUAUAAGGAGUGAACAGAAGCAGAAGCUUGUGAAACUAUUACCUCUGGAAAGUAUGUGCUUGGAAACUGACUCUCCUGCUCUGGGGCCUGAAAAACAGGUGAGAAAUGAACCAAAAAAUAUCUACAUUGCUGCAGAAUAUAUUGCCAAAAUUAAAGGAAUUCCAGUUGAAGAAGUUGUAGAAGUGACGACACAGAAUGCACUGAAAGUAUUCCCCAGACUUCGGAACUUUCUUCAGAUAUAGUUUUGAAAGCUGAAAUACGAUAUUGCAGAAACUAUAUUUAUGGUAUAAUUAUAAAACAAACACGCAUCUUGCCUUGGAGUUUUGCUGUUGGAAAGUUCAAGAAGGGAGCAGAGUGUUACAUAGAUGCACAGGAAAAAUACAGGGAAUUUCUCAAAGACCUUUGGUCUGCACCGUUCUCAUCUCUUGGAUGUGAUGAAGACAGGGUGUUCAUUUGCAUCUCAUGUCUCUGAAUACUUUGUAAAGAAAAGCAUCAUAAAGUUGUCAGUUUAGUUUCUCAGACUCCUUGCUUAGCUGCUCUUAGUUUGGGCGAUGGCUAACGUGCAAUGCUUCAUGUCCUACUCAUUCCUUACUUUCUGCUGACUGAAAGUCUCACAGCUGUGGGCCCUCUCAUCAUACAAAGGCUCCUGGUGGGACUUGCAGACUGCACAUCCCUUUCUGAACCAUUAAAAAACCCAGCUGGAUGGGCAUUCUUUUUA